AUGGGUAUGAUCCAGCUUCAGAACCCCAACCACCCCACUGCCCUGCUUCACAAGGCCAACCAGAUGCGUCUGGCUGGGACUCUGUGCGAUGUCGUCAUCAUGGUGGACAGCCAGGAGUUUCACGCUCACCGGACUGUGCUCGCUUGCACCAGCAAAAUGUUUGAGAUCCUCUUCCAUCGCAGUAGCCAGCAUUACACCCUUGACUUUCUUUCACCAAAGACUUUCCAGCAGAUUUUGGAGUACGCUUACACUGCCACGCUCCAGGCAAAGGUGGAGGACUUGGACGACCUCCUGUAUGCAGCAGAAAUCCUGGAGAUCGAGUACUUGGAAGAGCAAUGCCUGAAGAUCCUGGAGACCAUCCAGUCCUCUGACGAGAAUGACGCAGAGGCCAACGCUAAUGACGGGAGCACGGAGGAGGACGAGGACCGCAAAGGCCAAAACGGAGCUAAACACUCUAAAAAGCAUUCCAUGGAGAGUUCUAGUCUGUCAGGUACCCAUCACGUCUCCAACAUGAGCGGUGUAGUCGAGCAGAGUCCCUCUGUCUCCACGUCCUACGGCGUCUCCAACCUAAGUCCCACCAAAGCCGCGGUGGACAGUCUGAUGAGCAUCGGUCAGACUCUGCUGCAGCAGGGCUUUGGCGGCGAGCACCUCGUCCACGGCAACUCCCACCACCUGAUGGGCGACAUCAAGACCGAAAUGAUGCAGGUCGACAUGGGAGGCAACGGCCACGACAGCCCCCAGAACAUGGAGUCCGGCACCUCCAGCAACGGAGAGCGGAGCGGAGAGGACAGGAACCGAGACGGUCCCGGAACACCGACCAGGAGCAGCGUGAUCACCAGCGCCCGAGAACUGCAUUACGUCCGCGACGAUGGCAUGGGCGAUCAGCAAGCUGAUGUCAGUCAGAUGGGAUUGGAAGCGAUGGCCGGAAUGACAGAGAAACAUUUGGCCUCUCUGUACUCCCUGCCAGUCAAUCACAAAUCAGACGCCAUGAUGUCCAUCCCAGUGUCCAUGGCCUCAGCUCUGCCCAUGUCCCCAGCCCUGGCUAUGUCUAUGGACUUCAGUGCCUACGGGGGACUCCUGCCGCAGAGCUUCAUCCAGAGAGAAUUCUUCAACAAGCUCGGGGAGCUGGCAGUAGGCAUGAAACCUGACGGCCGGAACCAGCAUGAACGUUGCAAUGUCUGUGGCGCAGAACUACCUGAUAACGAUGCUGUGGAGCAGCACAGGUGGGGUUGGGGUUUAGAGUUGUGGGAGUUUGGGAAUAAUCACCCCUACAUAAACCUCCGCACGCGCACACACUCGUGUUCAUUACUCUUCACACACAUUCCCCUCAGCAGCAGCAGCAGCAGCAGCGCUCGCUCCUCCAUUUCCUCUCCUAUUGUGGCGACGGGGGACGGAGGGCGCUCUAAUACCCCAGGCCCCAGAUAUAAUACAUCGCCAAACUGUUGCCGCGAGUCCGAUAACCUGCAAUAUGGCGGCCGGGCCUGUACAAGCGCUGGGAGGUCAGUGGACAUGGUACAGCUUUCACAUGGCCUUGAGGUCCUGACCCCCACCUUUGUUGGUCAUACGCACUCCCCUCUUCCCAGCAAGGACCGAAGCCCUUUGAGCCGAGCCCUCAACCCCCCGCAGAGCGCGCCCCUUCACCACAUUAAUAGUGGCACUGGAACUAAUUGCCCAACCUUAGAUGUGCUUGAGACCCAGAUUGCCUCAGCUGCCAGCGCGCCACAAACCCCCUAA